UAUAAAACGAAUCUCAACGGUUUAUUUAUGUCUAUCGAGUUUUCACAGUUUGUUUAGUUUCCAUCUCUCACGUUUACUCCAAUAACGUUUCGCGGUGCAAUUGUGGUGAAACACGAUAACCAAGAGACCGAAUCCACCUGACCUUAUGGCGCCUAUGGCUAGGUUGGCUGUCACGGUAACUUGGGAACCAGCAAGCUAAACAUUUAAGUGUAUUUUCAAACACGAGCCUUUCGUUCAUACGAAAUCCAUUAGGAAACAGACGUAUUUCGAUAUAAGGGUCUAUUCCUCAUUCAGUGGAACGCCUGAUUGAUGUCUUCUAGGAUCGAGGAGCUGGCAAAACCUAAACCUAACAGGGCUUCUUGGAUGACAAGCCAUUGGCCAGUAGACUGGAGCAACCAGACGACCAUUCGUCCCCUCCCACGAGAAACUCAGAAGAGUCGUACGAGUGAAAGACUUGUGCAGCUCGCCACACCGAAAAAGAACUUCCAACUAGAGCACCCAGAAUGCUGUCAGAGAGACGAGUUCACGUAUAGCUGUGGUCGCGGGAGCAUGGUAUGGCAAGUGACGUCACAAGCAAAGAAAGCAAAGCCAAGUCAGAGAAUCAUUCAGCUGUCGGAACCGCGAAAACGUGAGGAUAAAUGGCAGACAACCGAUAGCUAAUGAAACUUUUACAACGAGGCACCGGGCAUGUGUAACUUUUGAUAUUUAUGAUCCAACAAGACUAUGGAAAUGUUUCAUUGUGUUUUAAGAAUUAUAGUAUAAUUUCAUGAUGACCCAUUGAUGUGUCAAUGACAAACAUACAUACAAACAUUAUUAAAAUUUAUUUUCCAAAGAAUCACUUAUCUUCUUUUUACAUUCCCUGUUUGUGAUUUAAACUUUGAGAACCAUAUAUACAAUAGAAUAAACGAAAUAAUUAUACAAUAAAACGUUUUGAAAUAUCGAGCAAAAAUAAAUAAUUCCCCUCUCUUCUA